CCUAUCGCAUCAUUGUUCAGCAGACUGCAAACCAACUCUGGAGGGUCUUCAUAGGAUUGCGCACCCGGGUUGCACUUCAAGCACAAAUUGGCUAGACAAUCUGCACAUGCAUUUCUUCCCUACACACAUGCUGAAUUUUGCAUUCCCAUUCCUUGUCCCUCCGUUUUCUGACCUGCUCCAUGAGGUCCAAGUGAGGACUAUUUGCGAUCUCCUUCCUGUAUCAGUGCGAUACCAACAAGUGAGUCUGACUCCAGCCAGCGUAACCUUCCUAUGACCAGUUUCCCCCGCUUUUUCCAGCCCAAUUGUCAUGCCCCAUAGUUCCGCAGUCUUGACUCUUGUUAAAGUCUCUACUAAAGCCAGAUUCAGCGAAGAGAAAAGCGAGAGAUCAAAAGGAAUCGCAAAGUCAAACCAGUUAUAAAUAAGCUCCGAAAAUGGAUGCUGAGAUCCAGAGCUUCAUCAAGGUAUGGUUUGUGGCCAUUACAUCCCUGUUUUACUGUUACUUUUUAGUCCAAAGGAUCCCAACUGGACUCCCCAGACUUGUUUCUCUUCUCCCAAUCAUCUACCUCUUCAUCACCCUCCCACUUAGCCUCACCUCCUUCCAUCUUGGCGCUCCCACCGCUUUCUAUCUUCUCUGGCUUGGCAACUUCAAGCUCCUCCUCUUCUCCUUCAACCAAUGCCCCUUGGCGUCCAACCCACCAUUACCCCUCCUCCACUUCAUCUCCAUUGCUCUUCUCCCCAUCAAAACCAAAACCAAUCUCCAACCAAACUCUUCUUCAAAGAAUAGCAAGGAGCAAGAUAGCCCGCAUUUCAAGAUCUCUGGAAGAGCCCUUUUGGUUUUUGGUAUCAAGAUUUUGCUUUUAGCAAAAAUCAUUGGCAUAUAUCAAUACAGAGACCAACUGCAUCAAUGCGUUAUCUUCGCGCUCUACUGCUGCCACUUGUAUCUUGGAGUUGACCUAUGCCUGGCCAUCACUGCUGUCCCCGUUAGAGCCAUUCUUGGAUUAGGGAUUGAGCCGCAAUUCAACCAGCCCUACUUAGCCACCUCACUUCAAGACUUUUGGGGUCGUAGGUGGAAUCUAAUGGUGACAAGUAUUCUACGGCCCACCGUAUACAAUCCUAUACGACGUAGUUCUACGCCGAUUGUUGGCCGCAAGUGGAGCCUAGUGCCGGCAGUUUUGGCCACGUUUCUGGUGUCUGGCCUCAUGCACGAAGUUAUCUAUUAUUACCAGUCACGUGCGAGUCCCACAUGGGAGGUGACUUGGUUUUUUGCACUGCAUGGUGUUUGUGUGGUGGCUGAGAUUGCUGUAAAGAAGGCGUUCAACGGCCGGCGGCAGUUGCCCAGGGUGGUAUCGGGGCCGCUUACAAUAGGGUUCGUGGCGGUUACCGGUGCCUGGCUGUUCUUUCCUCAGGUGAUUAGGCACAGGCUAGACGUAAAGGCCAUAAAGGAGUCCUAUAUUUGGUUACGUUUACUUGGGGAAAAGUUGGGCGUGCCUACCCGGUGGCUAUUACCUUUACAUUAGCUACCCUUGAGCUUUUGAUCUAGUUCAGGUUCAGGUAGUUCUUGUUCUGAAGUACUUUUGCAACAGCUUCUUGUUCUGAAGUUGUUUACUAGUACUAUCUGAAUAAAUGCCAAUUCGUAGCUGCUGUUUCUGUUCUUUCCUUGAAUAAACAAUCGGAGAGGUAUGAUCAGAACUACUUUCAUUUGUAGUGGUUGUCAUGCUUCUGGUCUCGAAUGAUCGAUCGUUUACUUGCGUUGUUAGUGAUGGAAGUUUGUCUCUUGUCA